AUGCUGAAGUCCCGGCUCCGCAUGUUCCUGAACGAGCUGAAGGUGCUGGUGCUGACGGGCGGGGGGCGGCCCCAACCCCGGGCCCGGCCCGACCCGCAGCCCGGCGGCGGCGGCGGGAGGGGCGGGCCGAGGGGCUGCGGCUGGCCGCCUUUCUCCGGGUGCUCGGCCGGGGACGGCGACGGCGACGACGGCGACGACGAGGAGUACUACGGGUCCGAGCCGCGGGCCCGGGGCCCCGGGGUCAAGGAGCCUCGCGCCGGGCCGGCCCGCCGCCGCCCCCCGCCCCCGCCGCCCCCGCCGCCCCCGCCGGCCCCGCCGCCGCCGCCGCCGCCGCCCCCCGGAGGGCUGGAUACCCUGUCCCUCAGCAGCAGCCUGGACAGCGGCCUCAGGACCCCACAAUGCCGCAUCUGCUUCCAAGGCCCCGAGCAGGGAGAGCUGCUGAGCCCCUGUCGCUGCGACGGCUCGGUGCGCUGCACCCACCAGCCGUGUCUCAUCCGCUGGAUCAGCGAGCGCGGCUCCUGGAGCUGUGAGCUCUGCUACUUCAAAUACCAGGUCCUGGCCAUCAGCACCAAGAACCCGCUGCAGUGGCAGGCCAUCUCCCUGACCGUCAUCGAGAAGGUCCAGAUCGCGGCCAUUGUGCUGGGAUCCCUGUUCCUCAUGGCCAGUAUCUCCUGGCUAGUCUGGUCCACCCUCAGCCCCUCGGCCAAGUGGCAGCGACAGGACCUGCUGUUUCAGAUCUGCUACGGCAUGUACGGCUUCAUGGACAUCGUCUGUAUCGGACUCAUCGUCCACGAGGGUGCCUCAGUUUACCGCAUCUUCAAGCGCUGGCAGGCGGUGAACCAGCGAUGGAAAGUGCUGAACUACGACAAGAGCCAGGACCCGGGGGAGGGUCCGGGGGGCGGGGGGGCGAAGCCGGGCCGCAGGACCUCUCGGACAGGCCCCCCCCGCGGCCGCCGCCGCCGCCGCCGGCGGACACUGCUACCCCCGCACUGCCGCUACACCAUCCUGCACCUCCUCACUCAGCUGCGGCCCCCGCACCCCCGGCCCGGGCCCCGCUCCGCCCGCGAGGUGGUCAUGCGAGUCACCACGGUCUGACUGGACGCGGCCCGGCAC